AGUUUACUGUAGGACACUGUGGUCAAGCUUGUCCUUUCCAAGUAUCUGCAUGGGGUUUGGGCAGGACUAAGAACCCUUUAUGCAACGUGCAAAGCUUGCCUUUUGGAGAGCAGUAGAGGUAUAUUGAUAGGCUAAUUGAUGCAGAAAAAAGAAAUACACUAAAAACAACUGGGAUGCACGAUGUAUCCAUUCUGAACAAGGAGGCGUAUUCUUGUUAUUCAACCACUCCUCUCGGCCAGGCUUCGCUUCCGUGUUUACACACCCACCAAAAAAACAGGACACUAGCGGUCGUCGGAUGAAUGUUUACCGAGCAGGCAUUGAGUGGUGGUGAGGGAAGUGACAGUCACACUGGAGUCUCGGUGUAUGGUGAAACACAGGUGAUUUCAGCCCUUACGGUUGCAUUGUAAAGCGGAAUGUUCACUCGCAGGGUGCAUGGAGACGUCAAGAAAUCUACACAGAAAGUUUUGGACCCAAAGAAGGAUGUGCUGACCCGGCUCAAACACCUCCGGUCACUGUUAGAUAUUAUUGACAAGAGUGAACUGAAGGUUUUCUUCGAAAGCAACUGUUCUCAGAUAUAUUUUAUCUUCUAUGAAAGUUUCGUUACACUGGAAAGCAACUUAAAACAAAAAGGGAACAAAUCUCAAAGGGAGGAGCUGGACUCUAUCCUCUUUAUUUUUGAAAAAAUUCUACAACAUCUGCCAGAGAAAAUCUACAACCGAUGGCAGUUUCACAGUAUAGGUUCUAUUCUAAAAAAGCUUCUACACACUGGAAAUUCAUUCAAAAUACGCUGUGAGGGAAUCCGUCUUUUUCUGCUGUGGCUGCAGGCCCUGAGGGACAACUGUGCUGAGGAGCAGUUCCUUAUCUUUGCAUGUCUGGUGCCAGGAUUCCCUGCUGUGCCCUCCUCUAGAGGGCCCUGCACCCUUGAUACCAUCAUCUACAACCCAUUCUCCAACCCCCCUGAUGCAAAGGUUGUGCCUGAAGAGAUUACCCCCCUGGUUCCAGCUGUGGUGGGAGAAAAGGUUGCAGAUGACCAGACCUGUUACAUCCUUGAAACCCUUCUCAAGUACAUGGUCAUCCAGGCAUCCAGUCUAGAAUGGAAGAACAAAGAAAACCAGGACACAGGCUUCAGGUUUCUCUUCAGCCUUUUCAAAAAGUACUACCUUCCACAUCUGUUUCCCUCUUUCACCAAGCAAACAAAUCUCUACAAGCCUUUAUUAGACUUACCCCACCACAGACCAAAACCCUUGUAUGUGCCAGUAACACGGAACAAUGAAAGCACCUUCUGCACCAGGGACCAGUACCUGGCACCUCGUGUGGCCUUCAUCACCUGGCUGGUCACCUUCUUCCUGGAGAAGAAGUAUGUCAGCAGUACUGCCAUGGCGCAGAGCGCCAAGAACGGCACUGAGGUCAUUCCCAAACUCAUCCAGACUGUCACUGCAGGCAGUAGCAGCCAGGAAAAGGAUAAGACAUCAGAUGGGGAUCCAAAUGGACCAGCAGGGGAGCCUGAGAAGAACCACUCCAACAGCAGCACACUGUCAGACCGACGGCCAAGUGAUUCCAGUUUGUGUAGCAUCGAAGAGGAGCAUCGCUAUGUCUAUGACAUGGUGCAUGCCAUCCUAUUGUCCACUAGGGAUAAUGUGAAUUUUGUCAACGAAGUCUUCCACCAGGCCUUCUUGCUGCCUUCCUGCGAGGCAUCAGCAACCAGGAAGGUGAUCAAAGUCUACAGGAAGUGGAUCCUUCUGGAGAAGCCCAGCUUCAUGAUGGAGCCGGACAAAAAAACCCAGAUAGAUGAAGUGGACGAGAGUUCUGGGCACACACUUGGCACAGAGACUAACAGCAUGCAUGCACAGACAAUAGAGGGUCAUGGCCACAAGCGGUCCUCCAGCUGGGGGCGAACGUACUCGUUCAGCAGCGCCAUCAGUCGGGGCUUUCUCACUGAGGAGCAGAACAGGGAUGUCAAGGCUGGUGUUCAGCCCACACUACAGGUAUUCCUGACCAACUCAUCCAAUGUGUUUCUGUUGGAGCCCUGCCAGGAUGUACCUAAACUACUGGACAACCAGGUUGAAGUGUGCAAGGGUGUUCUCAGCAUCUACAGGCACAUGAUCAUGGAGCACACAAUGAACACACAGACAUGGGAGCAGUUGCUACAGGUACUGUUGAGGAUCACAGAAGCAGUGAUGAAGAGGCCACAGGAAAACCAAAGAAAAGACAGCUUUGCUGAAAGUUUAGCCUCGAUACUCUUUAGGACCAUUAUUGUGGCAUGGGUGCGGGCCAACCUGUGUGUAUUUAUCUCCCGGGAGCUGUGGGACGAGCUGCUGGCAGUGCUGUCCUCUCUUACCUGCUGGGAGGAGCUGGUGACAGAGUGGGCCAGCAUCAUGGACUCACUGACAGCUGUGCUGGCACGCUCCGUUUAUGGUCUGGACAUGGCCAACCUGCCUCUGGACAAACUCAGCGAACAGAAGGAGAAGAAGCAGAGAGGACGUGGAGUGAUUCAGGACUCCCAAAAGGCAGCAGCAGUAGCACGUUCCUUCUCACUAAGUUGGCGGAACCAAGGUGAGCAGAGCGGACCAGCAGUUCAGGAGCCCAUGAGGACUCGCUCCGCCACCACAUCAGGAGCUCCUGGUGUAGAAAAAGCACGUAACAAUGUCCGACAGAAAGCCUCUGAUGUCGAGGAGUGUCAGCUGUCAGAAUGUGGGGGAGAAGAGGAGCUUGGAGGUGCAGAAAGCCCUCUGCCACGUAGCAGCAGCACCUCAGACAUCACCCAACAAGUGUCUGAAACUUUACCAGCCCACAAAAGAGAGUACUCUCCUACUUCCUGUGGCUCUGAUAGCAGGACAUCUGACGGGAGGAGGGAGAGUAUCGAACCACCAGUGAUCCUUAUUCGGCGGAGCAGCAGUCCACCUGACACAGAGUGCAAUUCUGAGGGACACACAAACUACACCCGACCCAAACUCAGAGAGAAAAGUGAGAGUAUAAGCAGUGAGACAUCCAACGGCUACCUCAAUGAAGCUGAGGCUGAUGAAGAAGAGGUUGAUAAUCAGUCCACACAGUCAGCCCACAUGGAUGUGACAGCUGAUCCCCAGAGCCAGGGGAGUUUGCUUCUCAGCCACAACGAGGCUCUUGCAGGUCCUGAGUAUCCCCAUCCUCCCCACUCUGCACCCCCGUCCUACCACAACCACUACCACUACCACUAUCCCCAGAACCCACCUGCCUCACCAGCCCUGCUGGUGCACCCAGAGUGCCCCCUGGAUGACAACAUGCAUCAGUCUGUCUUACACAUGCCACACCACUUGGACAGCAGUGAGUGUCUUGCUGAUGAUGUCAGCAUCAUUGCGGGAGGGACCCUGACUGGCUGGCAUGCUGACUCUGCCUUUGUCCUGUGGAGGAGGAUUUUGGGUAUCCUUGGAGAUGUGAAUACCAUCCAUUGCCCCAAAAUCCAUGCCAAGGUCUUUUCUUAUCUGUAUGAGCUCUGGCACAAGCUGGCAAAGAUCCGGGACAAUCUUGGGAUCAGUGUGGACAACCAGUCAUCUCCUCCCCAGCCUGCCUUCAUCCCUCCUCUUCGAAUGCUGGCAUCUUGGCUUUUCAGGGCCACUAUGCUGCCUGCUGAGUACAAGGCGGGUAAGCUGCAGGCCUACAAGCUGAUCUGUGAGAUGAUGACCAGGCAUCAGGACGUUCUCCCCAACAGCGAUUUCUUGGUGCAUCUCUACCACAUCAUACACAAGGGCAUUACCAGCGAUGAUCAGGAUGUGUUGAACACCAUGGUUCGUUCCUGCUCUCCUCGUUUCUUCUUCCUCGGCCUGCCAGGCUUCACUAUGCUCAUUGGAGAUUUCAUCACUGCUGCUGCCUGCGUUCUCAGCUCCGGCUCAUCAGAGGCUCCAAGGAUGGAGGCUCAGACAAUCCUGGGCUCACUGGUGUGUUUCCCCAACCUUUACCUCCAGAUUCCUAUACUGCAGCGCGUGCCUGGCUCUGAUGAAGUUAUUGUUGGCAAUGAGGAUAUCAAGGAUUAUCUGGUCAACAUCCUGAUAGAAACUGCAACAAAGGAACACUGUGAAGGGGCCAGAUGCAUUGCUGUGUGCAGUCUGGGUCUGUGGGUGUGUGAGGAGCUGAUGCAAAAAAACAUCCAUAACCAGGUUAAAGAUGCCAUCAAUGUUCUGGGAGUGACACUAAAGUUUGGGAACAAAGCAGUUGCUCAGGUAGCCUGCGAUGUGUUUCAGCUGCUCAUCUCUCACUGGGAACAUCUCCAGAGGUUGGAGUCCUCUCUACCCAAGAAGAUUAUUGAGAUCUUUGUGGCCACAAUAGCCUUUUUGCUGCCGAGCGCAGAGCACUCAACAGUGGAAGCAGAAAAAAAGUUGAUGGUGUCCCUGCUGCUUUGCCUGCUGGACUGGUGCAUGGCUGUCCCACUAAGUUUGCUCCUUGAACCCAUCACCAUGCCUUUUCUGGAGGACCGCAUGUCCCACAAAGCUCCUCUUCUGGAUUAUAUCUACAGGGUGCUGCACUGCUGUGUGGCUGGCUCCAACCUGCACACCCAACAGAGCCACUACCUCCUCAGCCUGUCAGACUUGUCAACUGACUAUGACCUCAUGUUGGGUCAGGUUAAGAGCUUUGAGCCGCCACCCUCUCAGAUAACAAGCACUGACUUCGGGAACCUACUCACUGUAGCUGAGGAAAAACGACGUCGGAACAUGGAGCUGAUACCUCUGACAGCACGGAUGGUCAUGACACACUUGGUGAACCAUCUGGGCCAUCAUCCACUGAGCGGUGGCCCUGCGCUUCUCCAUAGUCUAGUCAGCGAAAAUCAUGACAAUCCAUACGUGGAGUCGUCAGAGCUGUCAUCUGAGGUCUUCAAAAGUCCCAACCUGCAGCUGUUUGUCUUCAAUGACAGCACGUUGGUGUCCUACCUGCAGAUUCCUUCUGAGACCCCCACUGUUGGACAGCCCCCUCAACCUUCCUCCCAAGUGCGUGUCAUUGUCCGGGACAUCUCAGGCAAAUAUUCCUGGGAUGGCUCAAUCCUUUACUGCACCACCCAGGAUGACUCUGAUGACAUUGGAGUUUUUAGUGCAGUUGAUCAACCUCUAUCUACCACAACAACUGUCACUCACAGCAAAAAACAGCCGAGCUCUCCAACAAAGGGGCUGUACAAAAGUAAAUCCUCAGUCUCAGACUCCCUGUCUGACUGCUGUGAGGAAGAAGACGUAGAUAUUUUGGAUAGGCUUUUGGAUGACCUUGGCCAAAGCAGCCCAGAAUGUCUGCCUCAGCCACAACUUAGGCUCAAUCAGCCUGCCCCCUUACCCCAUGGCAUGAGCCUAGAGCAAGAGAGUGCCAUCCUGGAUGCCAUUCUACGUCAAACUCAGCAGGAGGAAGAGCAAGUGACGAGGUGGGAUGCUGAUGUAAGCUUUCGAGCUGCCUGCCAGAAGGAACCAUCCCAUCAGGAACCAAAAGCUCCUUUUUACUUCUGCCGGCUGCUGCUUAAUGACCUUGGCAUGAACUCUUGGGAUCGCAGGAAAAGUUUCCAUUUGUUGAAGAAAAACUCCAAACUCCUACGGGAACUGAAGAACCUGGAUUCCAGACAGUGUCGGGAGACACACAAGAUUGCAGUGUUCUACAUUGGAGAGGGCCAAGAGGACAAGUGCUCCAUCUUGUCAAACAGCGCAGGCAGCCAGGCUUAUGAAGACUUUGUGUCUGGACUGGGAUGGGAGGUGGACCUGGCAACACACUGUGGCUUUAUGGGUGGCCUACAGAGGAAUGGCAGCACAGGUUUAACGGCUCCUUAUUAUGCUACCUCCACCGUGGAAGCCAUCUUCCAUGUUUCUACUCGCAUGCCAUCGGAUUCUGAUGAUUGCCUCACCAAAAAGCUGCGUCACCUGGGAAAUGAUGAGGUACACAUAGUGUGGUCAGAGCACACCAGGGACUAUCGACGAGGAAUCAUCCCAACGGACUUUGGUGACGUGCUGAUUGUCAUCUACCCAAUGAAGAACCACAUGUAUUUCAUCCAAAUUAUGAAGAAGCCACAGGUUCCUUUCUUUGGGCCUCUCUUUAAUGGCGCCAUCAUAACUGGGAUGCUGCUUCCAAGCUUGGUGCGGGCGACCUGUAUCAAUGCCAGCAGAGCUGUCAAGUCGCGACUCACACUCUACCAGAGCUUCUAUGAAGAGCGAGCACUCUACUUAGAGGCCAUUGUUCAGAACCACAGAGAGGUCAUGACCUUUGAAGACUUUGCCUCGCAGGUUUUUUCCCCCUCUCCCGGCUAUCCAGUGAGUGGAACAGGCUCCUUCACUAGCAGCACGAGCACUGAAGCUGGAAACACCACAGGAACGAUGGACUCUGUCGACCAGGUGUCUCCCACGAUGCCCCGUGCCACAAAGAACCGAGUUUCAGGAAAACUCCGCCGAUCAGCCAGCGCUAUAAGCAAAUCCUCCAACUGAGCUCUUCAACCUGUCCCCCUUAUUCCUCAACGCAGCCUUUAAUCUUUUCUCAAAGAACCUCACACACCCAGCCGUGACUGCAAGAGUUGGCUUUUUUAUGUCUGUUUUGCGUCUUUGUUUGAUUCUAUGUCAUGUUAACAUGUAACUGGAGCAUAUUGCAAUUUUUAAUUUAAGUGGCAAUCAUUGAUUUUGUUGAUACAUUUCCAUUUUUUGUGUUUAACUACUUAAUCAAGAUGAAUAUGUGACUAAGCUAUUUAUGUUCAUCUGGUGGUUUCAGCUUAAAAAUCAGCAGCAUAGGAAGACUUGAUUGACAAGUUGUUUUUAUUCUAAUUUUCUAGCACAGCUGUGAUACACUAGAGAAAAAUAAUCUGACUUAAUGGGAUGGGGAGACUGCUUUACUUUGUUUCUACAUUGCAUCUAUCUCAACACUUAUGUGAGGAAGCACUGAAUGACACAGCUGUGAAGGCAUCAUGCAAAAGCUGCACAAGAUUGGUAUCCACUUAUAAACGUGUCUGCCUUUUUACCUUCUUCUGCACCUGCCACAACCUUUCUGUGUCAAAAACACUGCUCAGUUAGUGACGAGACGAUGACGUCCUGCUCAGUAGCAACAGUUUGGACCUUGUCUGGGACCAUCUCCUUUCAGGAGAAUAAACUAAUGCAUGGGGAAAUUCCCCACAAUGAUUUGUACUCACUGCACUACUACUCAGACUUCCUGUGCACCACAUCCAUGUGAGUUUUUUUUAAUUGUUUUGAACCUGGAGUGGACAAUCAAUGAUGUCUAUCGAACUUGUUUUCUUUUUUUAUCUCUAUUUUUCUUUUUUAAAUGAAUUCCGAUGGAUUGUGUCAUGAUCUGAUUUAUGCAACCUUGCUGGAAUGAGAAAAAACUGCGUUUGUAAUUGUUUUCUGAUGUUGUUAACAUGGGCUUAGGUCCGGUAAUUGAAUGAGUUCCUCCCGUCUCUUUCCUCUGCUAUCAGUUUCCCUGUCCUCUGUAGCUGAGACAUCGACAUUCCAACGUUUCUAGCCAACAUUUUGCACUCGCUGUCAUUGAUUAACUAGCAUCGAAUGUUUUUCUUUGUUCUCGGAUGUACAUUUGCUUUAAGUUUUAUUCUCUGAUGAUGUAUAUAGAAAGGACUAUUUGAUGAAUUACUUCUCUCUUUUAUGUAAUUAUGUGCUGUUUAGAGGGAAAAUACCGCCAGAGCCUCAGGUGAAUCUUAACUCCAUGCACUGGUGUUUGUGUGUUUGUAUGUGUGAGCUCCUAAGGGAGCUUCUUUCUCGCAGUGCCUGUGAAAUGUUUGUUCUCUAAGAUGCUGUCCAACUCCACCUCUAGUCCCUAUAUUUUAGUUUAUCUUCUACAUGGCCACCCUGCAUCACAUCUUGAUUUUAGCAGUCUAAAACAAACCCUUCUCCUCUGUGCAUCUCUUAAUAUCUGCAUCACAUGCUUCCUAAGACAAAAAGGAUCAAUGACUGUUCGGUCUUUAUAUGUGGUGUGCUGCUCUGUUUUUAUCUGUGAAUGGAAUCAAGUGGCAAUGCUCCUCUUUCCCAUGAUCCUCUCUUUUCCCAUGUCACCUCCUAAAGCCUCCAGGAGGGGUGCUAAGGGUGAGAGUUUGGGUGGCAUGCCUGAGCUGAACUCUUAAGAGCCCUCCUAGCAACAACCAAGCCAACGCUCACUCCUUCAACCUGCCUGCUCAUGCUGUCAUGGUAGCCAGGUGUUCUCCACAUACACCCUCUGAGGGCUCCACCCAAGCUGCAACACUAUCCCCAUCUGUUGCACUACUAUGCCUUACUUUCCCCAUGCUUUCCUGUCAUUUCAACUCACAUCUUGCCUCCUUUUGUUUGUUAGAAAAUCCAAACAGAGAAGAUUGACAGAUCCUUUUUUCUUGUGCUUUUGUUUGUUUGAAGAAUGUAUAGAUUUAUACGUCUGGAUCACAUCUAUGGUUUUUAUUUUCCCCAAAGCCACUUAAAGGAACCUUCCUGGAUGCUGAUCUAAAGAUUGUAGGUUAUAGAUGAUGUCUGUUGAAGGGGUCUGACUCUGUGCUCCCCCUAUGGUGGCUUAGUUGCUGGAGGUGUUAGUUUCGGACCAAGAUAAGGAUUGUGUCUUAUAUAUGUGAAGAAAUGAGCUAGUGUUAGUUCUAGUAUGUUUUUUCUUCUCUUCUCAUUUUAGAAAUCCUUGUACAUUGUGUCAAAUUUGAGGGCUUCAGCAACCUCCUAAUAUAAAUAUAUGAAUUUAUGCCUGUAAUAUAAUCUUUGUAUAAGAGAAAGAGGAAAAAAAGCUUGAAGAUUUCACCCUUACCUGUCAACAUAUCAAACUGUUUUUAAUGAACGAAGUCCUGCUAUCUUUAUUAGAAAUGUGAAAAUUUAAACAUUUCAUUAAAUCAAUUUGAAGUUC